UCUUACACAAUUUUCUUAUAUUCAUUUAUAAAAAUUAUAAUUAUUCAAAAAAGAAAAAUGGCAAAGUCAUUUCCACUUGUAGCAAUUUUUGUUUUUGCAAUGGGUUUGAAUGUUUGCUAUGCAGUUGAUUACAUUGUUGGUGAUUCAGCUGGAUGGAACCCUGCUGUUGAUUUCAAUGCUUGGGCCGCAAGCAAGACUUUCACAGUUCGCGACUCGCUCGUGUUCAGGUAUACAAAGGGAGCUCAUAAUGUGGUUCAAGUGAAUCAAAUAAGUGACUAUGCAAAUUGCUAUUCAGGACAGAGUGUUCCAUUGACGAGUGGUAAUGAUGUAAUCCCAUUAAGAAGUUCUGGAGCCAAAUACUUUAUUAGCAGUGUAAAGGAUGAUUGUGCCAAGGGUCAAAAACUCACUAUUAAUGUUAAAUGAGUAAUUUAAUUACAUUAUAACAGUCAAUGUAAUUUUAAUUAUGUCCUUAAUGAGCUUAUUAAUAAAAUUUUCAAAAUUUUUGGUCGUUGCAUAUAUAAUGCAUGCUUUUUAUUUUUAUUUAAUUUUUACCUUUGAACUUUAUAUGUUAAAUUAUCUAUGAAUUAUUGAAAUUAAUAUUAUUAGAUUUAAGGAUUUUUGUUUAAAAAUUCUAAAUUCAAUAAAACAUAAUUUAAAUGUCAAAGUUUUUGAGCUAAAUCUCUAAUAAUUUGCUUUUAUUAAUUUCAUUAUAUAUAUAUUCAUCACUAUCAAUAAUAAUAUUUUAACAAUUCUCAUAUAAUUAAUAUAUAUAUUCCUAAUUUGUUAUUAUCAUAAAAUUCGCAUUUAAUACUAUUAAUACAAUAUUGUGUAUAUAUAAUGUCCAUAUAUAAUAACCGUUAUUGUAUAAUUAAUUAAUUGUCUUUUACGUUUACAUCUAUGACAUUAAUACACAUAUCUAAGAUAAAAUCUCACGUAAAUUUAUAUAGAUAGAGAUCAUUAAGGUGUUUUUUUUAAUAUAAGUUUUGAAACAGUAUAUUAUAUAGUACCUAACAAUAAUUAAAUAAAUUCUUUAGCAAAAGAA